UUCCUAAAAAAAAAGAAAGAAUUCCAAAACGUUCCAGAAUGAUAAAACAACUUCCGCAUUCCAGUGUGACAUAUUAAGGGAUCUGGAUAAGUGACCUGCAACAAUGUAGCUAUGGGGGAAAAAAAAUACUUCUCCCAAAAUUAUUUAAUUGUAAAGUGUUCUGGAAAAAAAUAUAUUAGUCAGUACAAUUGUGCUCUCUUCCCACUAACGUUAUACAUGUGAAUUUUGCCUAAAAAAUGGCAAGUUACUUUCACCAAUAUAUAGCAAAGUGUUGAUGGUCCCUAACUUUGAUGUCGCUCGCCCGGCAGCAACACAUUCACCACCGAGUUAGUCGUGCAAGCUUUGAAAGAGGCGAACGUCAAUCUUGAACUCAACAGCAACAUGACGACCAAGCACGAAUUCUUUGUGGACAUGACAUGUGAGGGAUGCUCUGGGGCAGUCACCCGAGUCCUCAAUAAACUGGGUGGUGUCCAAUUUGAGAUCGACCUCCCCAACAAGAAGGUUUUCAUUGAGUCUGACAAGGACACGGACGUGCUUCUGGAAACACUUAAGAAGACUGGAAAGGAAGCUAACUACAUCGGCCCCAAGUGACGAAUCAAUCCUCUUUCCUCUAUAGAACAGCUCCUUCCUCUUCUCACCAUCACAACCUGUUUAGCCUUAUCGUGUCCUUGUUUCUGUGUGUUAGCUGUUGGUUGGUGCCUAUAUGAAGGAUGAUCAUGAGAAGAAAGAACCCUGGCUGACAUGUCUUCAUGGACCACUGGAAUGAGCUUGCACUGCCAAGCUGUCCACUUUCAGUAAUUUAAGCACUAUUAUUUAUGUGUCCCAAAUGCCACUAUAAAGGCCCAGGUCCAAAGUAGGGCACUGUAUAUGGAAUAGAGUACCCUUUUGGGACGAAUCCACUGUGAAUAUCCAGUGUGAUUGAUGCGCAGGAUUAAAUAUAUCAUGUUAUCUAUAUGGGUUAACUUUACUGCGGGGACAUGAAAGGAUGUAGAGAUCGCUGUCUCUGCUUUGUCUUAAUGAAAGCACCUAUUGUAAUUCACAUUAUUUGGAGGGAACGGCAACCAUCCUGUAUUACGUUUUCCUUUCGCUGUCUGAAUAUUGUUCAUAUUUACCCACAUGUCAAAUAAAAAAAACGGUGAUUCUA